GGAGGACUUACGGCGCCAUCCACCUUCUCUCGUGUGACAUGUGGCAUUAUCCAAGGCCAGAAUGAUCAAAGCUGACGCUCAUCGGGCCUUUCCUUUUCCUCUUGUGCGCGACCUCUCGGCUCUGUGUGAUCCUGCCUUGCGGGACGUCUAGCUCUGAGCAGCCAUGAGCACUUUAAGGAUUUCCUCGGACGACAAGACCUACGACGACGACAAGCGGAACCCAACCCAUGUCGACACCGAGGCACGCGCUCUGCAUGCCGAGACGCAAGACGUGUACGACGAGGAAGAAGCUGGUGUGGAUCCAGUCUACCAGGCGAAGGCCAGGGUCUUGAAUGAUGCACUCCAAGAGAUCGGCAUAGGAAAGUACCAGUGGUGCCUAUUCAUCGUCGCCGGCUUUGGAUGGUUCUCAGAUAACUUGUGGCCCAUCGUCACAGGCCUCAUCCUUGAUCCCGUAGUGAAUGAGUUCAACUUCCAAGGCCCGUUCCUCAAGCUCGGCCAAAACAUUGGCCUCCUUGUAGGCGCUGCAUUUUGGGGAGUGGCCUCUGACGUCUGGGGACGGCGGUGGUGCUUUAAUAUGACUUUGUUCAUCACCGGCGUGUUUGCUGUUGCAGCAGGAGGUUCGCCAAACGCCGUAGCUCUGUGCUCGCUCUGCGCUGUGUGGAGCGUCGGCGUCGGUGGCAACCUGCCCGUGGAUUCGGCAGUAUUCCUGGAGUUCAUUCCCGCCUCACACCAAUACCUCCUCACCAUCCUCUCCAUCUGGUGGGCCUUCGGGCAGCUCGUCGGCAGCCUAGUCGCUUGGCCGCUCAUCGCGAACUACUCCUGCGCGUCCGCCUCUGACUGCCCGCGCACCUCGAACGAGGGAUGGCGCUACUUCCUGUAUGCGAUGGGCGGGCUCAUGCUGCUCAUGUUUGUCCUGCGCUUCUUCGUUUUCCAUCUGUAUGAGUCUCCGAAGUACCUUAUGGGCCGUGGGCGCGAGGAGGAGGCGGUCGCCGUCGUGCACAAGGUGGCGCGGUACAACGGGCGGACGUGCGGCCUGACGGUGGAGAUGCUCAAGGCGGCGGGCGGGGAGGCCGAGAAGAGCGAUGAUGAAGAGAGAACGGACGCGUUAGAUACGAGUGCAAGAGGUGCGGUAAUGAGAAAGUUGAAGGUGUUUAGCGGGGAGCAUGUGAAGAGCUUGUUUGCUACUCGCAAGCUCGCGUACUCGACAACUUUGCUAAUUAUCGUUUGGGCCCUUAUUGGCCUUGCUUUCCCUCUGUACAAUGGCUUUGUCGAUUACUUCCUACAAUCGCGGGGAGCUGACUUCGGAGAUGGCUCGCUAUACAUCACGUACCGUAACCAAGUCAUCCUGAGCGUCAUCGGCGUUCCCGGCGCCCUCCUCGCCGGCUGGCUCGUUGAGCUACCCUAUCUAGGCAGGAAAGGUACUCUCGCCAUAUCCACCGUCGUUACCGGCGUCUUCCUCUUCGCAAGCACGACCGCCCGCACGUCCAACGCGCUUCUCGGCUGGAACUGCGGGUACACGUUCACGAGCAACAUCAUGUACGGCGUCCUCUACGCUGUCUCACCCGAGCUCUUUCCGACCAAGGACAGGGGCACGGGCAACGCCAUCGUCGCGUCUGCAAAUCGCAUCUUCGGUAUCAUGGCACCGAUCAUCGCGCUGUAUGCGAACCUGGCGACAUCAGUGCCGAUCUAUGUAUCUGGCGCGCUGUUUCUUGUUGCAGGAGUGGUCGCGCUGCUGUUACCGUUUGAACCGAGAGGAAAGGCAUCGAUGUGACAGGUAGAAUGUACAUGUACAAUAUAUCUCUGCUCAGACUUUCAGUUCCAGCCCGUUUGCGCAUAUUUUCUGCUGUAUAAGAGGAGUUGUAGAAAAAGAUCAAAGGCGG